UGAAUGUUUACCAUCCGUUUGAAAAUUUAUUCGUGUACUUGCAGUAGAUACCUUCAAAGGAAUUUUUAUCCGAAAUUUCCCGUACAUCAGUUGUAGUAGCUUAGUGAAUGUUUAUGAAAACUGAAACUUGCUAAAAGUUCAGUGUAGUGUGUUUGUUUGUAUGAGUAAAGUUCAACAGUUUUUAUGUUUAUGUGGAACAAUAGUAUUGUAAUAUAGGUGCUUCGAGAAGCGAGUGUUGCAACUCAGAAGCUCAGCUGAUCAUCACGAACAUGUUUGUGGAUGACCUGAGGACUGAUUUUUAUAAACAAUUGAUCGGUAAAAGAAUUUUGGUGAUUGUAAAUUACGACAUCGAUGCCAUUUGUGCCAGCAAAAUUCUUCAGGCUUUAUUUAAAUAUGACAAUAUGCUAUAUUCGAUUGUCCCGAUUAUGGGCAUGAGUGGUGUAGUGCGAGCUUAUAACGAGAACAAAGACGAUGUCAAGUUUGUUCUACUGAUCAAUUGCGGUGGUUGCGUUGAUAUCGUUGAAGUGCUUCAACCGCAAAGGGAUGUGAUAUUUUUUAUUUGUGAUUCGCAUCGACCGUACCAUGUUUGCAAUGUUUACAGUGAUUCGCAGGUUCGAAUCUUGGGUGAAAUCAAUCCAGAGGAAAGUAUUCCGGAGUUUGACGCCAUCUUUCAGGACUCUGAGUCGGAAGACGACGAUGAUCACGAUGAUGCCAUAGAUAAUAGUGACGAGGAGGGUGAAGGUCCGAGUCGAGAGCAAAAUCGGAUUCAAAAAAUAGAACAAAGAUUGUUGAAGCGCCGACAACGUCGGGAAUGGGAAGAGAAGCGGAUUAAAAUUAUGUUUGAAUAUACACAAUUCAGCUAUUACGGUAACAGCUCGGCAUUGAUAAUUUUCGAACUAGCCUGGCGUCUUUCAAAAGAUUCGAUCGAUCUUUUAUGGUGGGCAAUCAUAGGACUGACCGAACAGUUACUAUUGGGAAAGAUAGAAAGCUCCACUUACACACUGGCAACGGAUCGCGUUCAAUCUCAUGUGUCACGGUUGACUAACAAAGCUAGCGAUCAAACCAUACAGACUUCAGUGAAAAUCAAUUUCGAAAAUGAUUUACAUCUGGUUUUGUACAGACACUGGAGUGUUUUAGAUUCGUUGAAAUUUUCCAUAUAUCCAGCAUGCAAAAUGAAACUUUGGACAUACAAAGGCGAGAAAGUUAUGCAUGAGCUAUUGGUGGACAUGGGACUUCCUUUGGUACAAGCUAAACAAACCUUCAACGCAAUGGAUCUUAUCCUGAGAAAGGAAUUCUAUGAUAAAAUGGAAAAAUUUUCCGAGAAAUAUCACCUACCUGAUAUCGUGUAUGGAUCAUUUAUCCUACAAUACGGUUACCGAAACAAAUAUUCCGCGGCAGAUUAUGUUUACGCGAUGCUCGCCAUUCUCGAAUCAGUUAAGAAAGAUCGAUCUCCGGAAACCUGUUUUCUUCAGUCGAUGGACGCCUUGUCCCGCAAUAAUAAACAGAUUCUCGACGACGGUAUAGAAUUGUGCAAAACGCUAAUAUCUGCUAUUUUCAAACAGGUUCAAAGUUCUUUGGAAAUGCAUGCCGUCUACUCGGCCGGACCGUUUUUGUACUUUAUUCUACAAGAGGAAAUACCGUUUUUCACCUGCCCAUAUGGUCUGAUUAUGCUGGCACGAUUUCUGUUGCGAGGUCAUGUAGCUGUUUCACGGAACCGACGGGCUCAGGAGUUACCGUUGAUAGCAGUAGCACCGAUUGAUUUAAGUCGAGGUUUCUCGCUGCUGGUUGGAACACCACCCGUCUGUGAGGACAGCAAGAACUUUUUCGGCAAAGCAUUCGAGCAAGCAGCGCUCAAGAGUGGGGCCGUCAUUUCACAAGAUUGCUUUGAAACGAGCGUCAUCCAAAUUCGGCACUCGGAUUGUACGAAGUUUCUCGACGCAAUGACAGUUCUGUUAAGCUAGUGUUUCAUUUCUUCGGAUAUUGUUGCUUUUUGUAUUUGUAAGAUCAAUUGUUCUAGGAUUAUAUUUAGUGGGCUAGUUUUACAAUUCAUUUUUACACCUGACUCACAAUAUUUAUCGAUAAAAAAAUCACACGACACAAAAAAUAGUUUAAUGAAUAUACGGAUAGCACAGAUUUUUUUUCGAUUUAUGCUACAGUGUAAAAUUAUUUUGCGAAAUUCCAGAUGUAUGCAGUUCACAUCAACUUAAGACUGAGAGAAUGUGUUCUUUAUUGAGGAUUUAGCUAAAUAUUCCUCUGUUCAGUUGUCCUCAAAACAAAAUUGUAGUCUUAAAACCUGUUUCGAUCCGCCUAGUGCUGGUCUCAUAUUGUUCAUAUUCUCUGAAAUAUUAAUGUGGCAUUCUUGAAAAAAUUGCUCAUUGACAGGCACGUACCCAGAGGGGGGGCCCUGGCCCCUCCCAAAAUCAGAAACAGAAAUUAAAAAAAAAUGUUUGAUUUGAAGCGAACAGUGUCAAAACUAAAUAAAAUGAAAAUUAAAUACGGGGCAAAAUAAACGACAAUAAUAAAAAGACACUUAAUUGUUCUGGAUGACUGUAAUAUGAAAGUGCGCAAGCUUACCAUAGUUGAGCAAGAUUCUGCAAGGGGACGGGUAUAGCGUGAUAAGUAAGUCGAUGUCUUUCACGCAGCCCGCCUGGGUUCGAUUGACCAUAAGGUUAAAACCUCUAAAAUUGAAAAUAAAAAAGAUUCUGCAUAUUAGAAAGAUAGCCUGUCGCUGGAUAUCGCACAUACUUAGGCUCAAUGGGUCGGAAAGAUCAUGAUGCCUGUUUUCUGGGAUUGUCAUAGUACAGUUUUGAAGUACUAAAUUGAUUAAAGACCGAACUCGCUGUGAAAGGGCCUUACAUGCAGCACAUGAGCAUCGCUACCAUAGUUAAAAUCAACGAUUUAGUUCUCCAAUUACUUGACCAUCCUCAUUGUUCACCCGAUUUGGCCUACUCGAACUGUUAUCUGUUCCCAAACCUAAAGUCAUCUCUGAGAAAUCGAUGAGAGUUUCGUUUUGGAAUUUCAGACCGCUACUUCCGGAACCUGAUACCGAAACCUGUAUAACUAAAUUUAGUCUGUAUGGUCAUCAGCUAAUAUGACCUACAAAUUUAGAAGGUGCUUUCCGUUCUCCACGAAUCGAAGUAAGGGAUCAAUCUCGGACCACUUCUCAAAAUUCAUCACAAGUCUUGUGGAUUUUUGUGCUCUAGAAAUGGACAUUUAGGUUGUGAACCAUUUCGUGGUUAAUUUUACCUUUUGGUUAAAAUCUGACACUCGAGUGGUUAUUUUGAUGUUGUCAAAAAAAUGUGCUCGAAAGAAUGGUUGUUGUUGUUGUAUGUGUUUGCAAUUAGGCUCUCUGACAGCUCACUUACAACCACAAAUGCAAAUGAGAACUAAAGGUUCUUCGUUUGCAAGGGCUGCCAAGGUGUUGAUCGAAGUGGUUUUUGAGCUUCCUGUUGCUAUUCGUUGACAUUGUCGAUGGGUUAUAUCCAAGUCGUUCUGAUAGGUUUUCAAAGUGCUACCAAAGAUAAAUAAUAAAGACAUGUACGUGCUUAUAAUUUAAAAAAAUGUGGUUCGUUCCCGGUACCUUCUGAAAUGACCGCACUCACCGCUUGGUGGAGCGCGAGAUUAACUGCAUUGUUAUCAUUUCAACCAAAGUGUGCCAUAAAAUCUCAAUAUAUACAAAUGAGCUACCGAAUCGAAAGGGUUCUCACGGUUUGACAUUUGCAUUAUGAAUGUAUGAUGGGAACUCAGCAGUGCAACCAAUGUAUCACCAUUGAUGCCAGUUUCACGGAGGACCGUAGAUGUGCGCCAAAAAAAGAUCGUGACUGUCAUGUCUGGAAAUUCGUUUGUGG